UUUAAGACCCAAACUCGGUAAAUGAAUAUGAAUGUAUUUUGUGCAAACAUGUACAUGUCCUUGAUCUUUUUUUUUUCUUUUUUUUUGCGGGUGUCCUUGAUCUUUGACCACCUUUUUUUUGCUAUGAUUCCUUGACGUUAUUUAUUCACGGAACUACUUUUCCGUUCCAUAAAGAUUGGCGCGGUUUUAAAACUAGUCCUAGUUCAAAUCCGUGCCAACCUUUAUGGAAGUGAGGGAGUACCUAUUUAAGGCGUAGCCCAGCUUGCCAGGCAGAAACAAGUAGCACAGACGAGGUACUCCAUCAAACUGAAGAAUGGACAGCAGCUUCGUUCUCGCCGUUCUCUUCCUGCUCCUGAUCCCCAUGGCGAGCUGCAGCCCUCCGCAGGAGCCGGUGAUGUGCACGCACGGCAGCUCUGGCUGCACCGUCAGCAACGCAUACGGCGCCUUCACGGACCGCACGCUCUGCCGCGCCGCCAGCGUCACGUACCCGCGCACCGAGGAGGAAGUCAUCGCCACCGUGGCCGCCGCGGCGUCCGCCAAGCGGAAGCUCAAGGUGGCCACCAAACACUCCCACAGCAUCCCCAAGCUGGCCUGCCCCGGCGGCCACGACGGCGCCGUCGUCAGCACGGCGCGGCUCAACCGGACGGUGCGUGUCGACGCCGCCAGCCGGCUCAUGACGGUCGAGAGCGGCAUGCUGCUCCGGGACCUGACCGAGGCGGCUGCCGCGGCAGGGCUGUCUUUGCCGCACUCGCCGUAUUUCUACGGCUUGACUAUCGGCGGCCUCCUCUCGACCGGCGCGCACGGGAGCUCCCUGUGGGGCAAGGGCGGCGCGGCGCACGAGUACGUCGUCGGGAUGAGGAUCGUGACCCCUGCGCCGGCAAGCAAGGGGUUCGCCAUGGUUAGAGAGCUCGUGGCCGGUGACCCGGACCUGGACGCGGCGAAGGUCUCCAUCGGCGUCCUCGGCGUCGUCACCCAGAUCACCCUGUCCUUGCAGCCGGCGUUCAAGCGGUCGGUGAGCUUCGUGAAGCGCAACGACACCGACUUCCCGGAGCAGGUCGCCACAUGGGGCCGGCUCCACGAGUUCGGCGACAUCACCUGGACGCCGGCGCUGGGCGUGGUGGCCUACCGCCAGGACGACCGCGUGGAUGUCUCGGUGCCGGGGAACGGCGUCAACGAGCUGCUCCUCUUCCGCUCCACACCCACACUCGAGGCGAUAAAGGCGAGAGCCUUGGAGGAGCGGCUGCAGCAGGGGAACGCCACCGACAUGGCCCGGUGCGAGGCGGUGCGGCGGGAGGCGGCCACGGCAGAGCGGCUGGGCAACGGCUUCACUAACGACGGCGUCUCCUUCACAGGGUUCCCGGUGGUGGGGCACCAACACCGGAUGCAAGCAUCCGGCGCUUGUCUGGAUAGCCCGGAGGACGGGCUCGCCACCGCUUGCGUCUGGGACCCGCGCGUCCGGGGCACCUUCUACUACAACACCGCCUUCAGCGUCCCCCUCUCCAAGGCACCGGCGUUCGUCGCCGAGAUGCAGAAGCUCCGGGACCUCAACCCGGCGGCCUUCUGCACCGCCGUGGACCCCAGGCUGGGCGUGCUCCUCCGUUAUGUGAAGGCAUCCACGGCGUACCUCGGGAAACCCGUUGACUCGGUCGUCUUCGACAUCAUCUACUACCGGAGCCGCACCGAUGGCAUGCCACGUGUGCAUGCCGACGUUGUGGACGAGCUGGAGCAGCUGGCGCUAAACAAGUACGGCGGCCUCCCGCACUGGGGGAAGAACCGGGACUUCGCCUUCGACGGCGCCAUUGCAAAGUACCCGAACGCUGGUAAGUUCCUUAAGGUGAAGGGAAGGUAUGACCCCGAGGGGCUCUUCUCCAACGAGUGGACCGAUAAGGUGCUUGGGGUCAAUGGGACCCCGAGUGUCGUCGAGAAGCAUUGUGCCAUCGAAGGGCUUUGUGUCUGCUCCGAGGACUCGCAUUGCGCGCCUGAACUGGGAUACUUCUGCCGGCCAGGGAAGAUGUAUAAGAAGGCCAGGGUUUGCUCGUUCCAACCAUCUGGUCACCGGGGUGGCUGGCAAAAACCUGCGUGAAAUAAUUGUCUUGUUUAAGCCUUGGUCAUUGGGAAAAAAAAACCUUCUUCAUUUUCCAAUCCAUCUGUAAAAUAAUUGCCUUGUUUAAGCCUUGUACAAUCCAA